ACGAGCUCCAUCCCAAAGAACCAUUGCUGCGAACGAAUGGCUGCAAGCACUGCUGAGUUACCAAGCCUUGGAAAGUUGAAGUGGCCUUUCAAGACCCCUGCUUACGGCAUCAUUAACAACCACGCGGAAUAGUUUCCAGCCUUGCUACGAGCUAUGGAGCUAUGGAGCUAUGACAGACGAUCAAGUACCACACACGCCACAGUACGAGCUACUACGCAGGAUUCUUGGUGCUUGUCAUAUACCGGCAUCAGCGGUACCACACCAGUGCCGUACCCACAUCAUCACUUUUUGCACCACCGUCUACCGUCUUUGAGAGCUCCACGAUCCGUGCUACUCCUAUCAAUGCCAUAAUUUCAAAUACCAGUACUGUGUCCCCUCCACUGCAGCGUUGCCGGGUAAAUAAAAACGGACCAGAAAAACCCGCGUUUAGAUCGUUCUCGAAAAACCAUGCGACUCCGAGCGACCUUACAACAACCACUUCGCUAUUUAACCACACCCACCUCCCUCCAGUCUUUUCUACAUACAUCCUCUCGCCCUACACUCACCCAGUUCGCUACACCACUUCAUUCCUGUUCGCGCACUCAUACUCGCUCCUUCUCCAACACCACCGCCAACAUGACUUCCUCAUCCACCUUCUUCGAGGCCGUCAAAGCCCGCCGCACAAUCUACCAACUCUCCUCGGAAUCACCGGUCCCGGACUCCAAGAUCAAAGAGAUCGUCAAGGAAGCCGUGCUCCACGUCCCCAGCAGCUUCAACUCCCAAUCCACCCGCGUCGUCGUCCUGCUCGGCGACGAGCACAAGAAACUCUGGGGUGACAUCGUCAAGCCCGCGGUCAAGGCCGUCGCGCCCCAAGAAGCCUGGCCCGCGUCCGAGCAGAGACUCAGCGGAUUCCAGGCCGCCUACGGCACCGUCCUGUUCUACGAGGAGCCCAAGGUCGUCGCCGGCUUGCAGCAGAAGUUCCCCUUGUACGCCGACAAGUUCCCGCAAUGGAGUGAGCACACCAAUGCCAUGCAUCAGUAUACCAUUUGGACCGCCCUUGAACAAGAAGGUUUCGGCGCCAACUUGCAGCACUACAACCCUCUGAUCGACGAGAAAAUCGCGGCCACCUGGAACGUGCCUCUCACCUGGAGCUUGAAGGCCCAACUGGUCUUUGGCAAGCCGGCUGGCAAGCCAAUGGAGAAGACCUUCCAGCCUCUUGAGGAACGUCUUUUCAUCCACGGUGCGAAGGAGUAGAAUUCCUUCUUUUCGAUUUAUGUCACACGCUCGGAACGCUCAAGCUUUUCUACCAGCUCCGGCGCGCGGUGAAGUUGUAAAUCUUGGAAAUUAGCGACAAUAAAUCUAGAUAGUAAAUGCAUGCCAAUGAUCGAAGACCUUGCGACGACAUUCACCCUUUCCUGCUUUCGAUCGAGGCGCUCGUACCUGAGCAUGAGGACUCGUCAGCCGUGAU